GAGCGCAACUAAGGACAUCAUGUAAAUGACAUCUGGACAUCAUUUAUACCUUGGCAUCGAACAUUGCACUAGAUAAGGACAUGGGACGAGAUUUUUUGCUCUUCUUGGCGCCGUUGCUCUGCUGUGUCUGUGAGGCUGAUGACUGGACCCAUGCUCAUGCUGAGGACAAGCUCUUUAAAAAACUCUUCAGUACCUACAAUAAAUGGUCCAGACCUGUGAUGAAUAUCACUGAUGUAGUAAUUGUCAAGUUUGGCCUCUCAAUUGCUCAGCUGAUUGAUGUGGACGAGAAAAAUCAGAUGAUGACGACAAACGUAUGGCUCAAGCAGGAAUGGAAUGACUAUAAACUGCGUUGGAAGCCCUCGGAUUACGACAAUGUAACAUCCAUCAGGGUGCCAUCAGAGCUGAUAUGGGUACCAGACAUUGUCCUAUAUAAUAAUGCAGAUGGUGAGUUUGCUGUGACUCACAUGACCAAAGCCCACCUGUUUUACACUGGGGAGGUGCGUUGGGUGCCUCCAGCCAUCUAUAAGAGCUCAUGCAGCAUUGAUGUCACGUUCUUCCCCUUUGAUCAGCAAAACUGCAAAAUGAAGUUUGGCUCUUGGACAUAUGACAAAGCCAAAAUUGAUCUGGAGCGCAUCGAGAAAACUGUGGACCUGAAGGAUUACUGGGAAAGUGGGGAGUGGGCUAUUGUAAAUGCUGUGGGUACAUACAACACCAAAAAAUAUGACUGUUGUCAUGAAAUCUACCCAGACAUCACAUAUUUCUUCAUCAUCCGUCGCCUUCCUCUUUUCUACACCAUCAACCUCAUCAUCCCCUGCCUGCUCAUCUCCUGCCUGACUGUGCUGGUCUUCUACCUGCCCUCAGACUGUGGGGAGAAGAUCACACUGUGUAUAUCUGUCCUCCUCUCCCUGACUGUCUUCCUCUUGCUCAUCACUGAGAUUAUUCCAUCUACAUCUUUGGUCAUCCCACUCAUUGGAGAGUAUCUGCUCUUCACCAUGAUUUUUGUAACUCUCUCCAUCGUCAUCACUGUAUUUGUAUUAAAUGUGCACCACCGCUCUCCCAGUACUCACAAGAUGCCACGCUGGGUUCAGUCUGUGUUCUUGGGCUUCAUCCCCCAUUUUCUCUUCAUGAAGCGUCCAGAGCCUGGGCAAACACGCCGGCAGCACCAAGAAAAGAAACAUGCUCUGAGUCAGUGCUCCAAUCUCAGCACCUCUAAAAGCUGGCUGCAGCAGGAGACAGAUGUGGAUGUAGGUGUACACUGGAAUAAGGAGGGCAAUGCGGCCACCUGUUUGUUCUCUCCUGCUACAUCUUUAAACUUGUCUGACUCUGAGACCUCACUGAGAAAGUGUGACAUGCAACAGCAAGGACCGAGGAUAACCCUCAUUCAACAACCUGUCAACCUGAACCAUCUGGAGUCUGAGCCGAGAUUACCGUACUCCCCAGGUCUACUACAGGCCUUAGAGGGAGUGCAAUACAUUGCUGAUUACCUGCGUGCCGAGGACACAGACUUCUCUGUCAAGGAGGACUGGAAAUAUGUAGCAAUGGUGAUUGACCGCAUCUUCCUCUGGAUGUUCAUCAUUGUGUGCCUGCUGGGGACAGUUGGCCUCUUCUUGCCUCCCUGGCUCUCGGGGAUGAUCUAGCUGCUUGCUAUGGGCUUACUGAUAAUGACAUCGGGCCUCUAAGCAAUGUUCAACCUGUACAACUGGGCCAAGACCUGCCCUAGAGACAAGUGCAUUUUUAAAAGGAGAGAACAGUCAUUUUUCGUGCAUUUGGCUUUGGAUUCAGUUCUUGCCUUCACUGCGUUAAAAGAAUUUUAACAACCUGACUUUACAGACCUUUUCAGUACAGAGGAUAUUUGGGUGCGAUGUCAGUGAUGUAACGAGUGUGGUUCCGAGUAUAUCAGUUCAUUCAGGUAUUACCUGAGGUCACAUUGAAUUGUUGUAAUAGUUCAGAUCCUCUCAUGCGUGACUUUGCCCAUCACUCCUGUGCGAACAGCACUCCUCACCUCUCAUUGUGUGAGCUGACAUUUCCUCAUAUAAUGCUGUUUCCAAGCUCUGUCACUUCCUCACAUGUAGAAAGAACAACCUUCAACAUAAUAUGCAAAAUUAACCUUUCUGAAAGAGGCGAGGUAUAUGUGACCCUGCCUAGGAGUAAUGCAGUUCACAUUGCACUGAAUGUCUUUUUACUCUCACCAGCAAUCACCUGAGAGAUCAAAAGACAUUCUUCAUUCAAUGGACACAGACCUUUAAAGAGCCAUUGAAAAAUCUCUGUCAUGUUUGAUAUUUCUUGAGUUAUAUAAUGAAAUCGCAGUCAUGAACCAUAUGGAAAAAAUAUGUUGUUUUAGCAAUGGAACAAUUCUAUGCUUGAGGGUAGAGCAGAUUAGGGCUGCGACUGUCAUUUAAUUAAGAACAUGCUUCCUGUGGGCUUUACUUCACAUAGCUCAGAAUUCUGAAUGUGUACAUGUCUUUCCACUGCAACUCAAACAGAAUGAACAGU